AAUUGCAAUAUUUUUGUUAUUUAUUUAAUUAUUUCUAAUUAUGCUCCGGAAUUUGGAAACUUUAAAUUCUACUAUAUUUUUGCGGUUUGUUGUGCUAAAUAUAGGGUAUACCCUGUAGGUUUAUCUGUUAUCAAGUCUGUCCAAGGGAUACAAUAAAAUGGAUAAGGAUAUCCCUAAAGAAAGUUGUGAUUUGUGUUUGAUAGAAGGCCGGCGAGUUGUUAAUAUUAAGAACACUUAUUUGCACCCUCUCUAUGAGAAACUUUCGAAUAUGAAGAUUGAAAGUGAGACAUGCUGUAUGUGCUAUAUCUGCCAUACGAGAUUGCGACAAUGCCACCAGCUGUGCGUGCUGGCGGAACGGAGUACUCGUAGGCUGCACAUGGCCUUUAUUGAUCCUCUCGAGGUUGUCGGUAAAUCCAAAGACAAGUCCCUACUAGAGUUGUCACAGUCGGAGACGGUAACUACAUUCAUAACCGGUGAUGAGGUCCAGAACAAGUCGGAUGUCAAACAAGAGGAGAGGUUCUUCUUCUAUGACAGAGAAGUCCAGAAAAAAAAUGAGCAAAUUAGAGAUAAGUGCAGUGAAGAUGCUGAAGAGCUAUCGGAAUCCAGCUUAGAGUCUGAACUUGACUCGGACAAUGAUGAGCAACCUAUCAAGCGGGAGGUUUUGGAGAAGAGAGAUGAGCAGCUUGUAGCACAACCUCCGGACAUACAAAUGGAAGCUAUACAAAGGGAAGAUCUACAGAAGGCAGAUGAGAACUUUUUCGCAAUACCGAUCGAAAAUCCAGACGCGCAAAUCAAAAUGGAGUCUGUGGUCGCUAAGAACAGCCUUACUGACUCACACAUUAAGGUCGAAGUUGAGAGGCAGACUGAGAUCACGAUAGAGUACGAGGGAACCUCCUCCUCCGAGAGCGACUCGAGCGAGGAUCUCUCCUCUCUCGACCUCCCACCUCCGAUGAGCACCGCUAGACCGAGACCGAGUCACGUUUUAAAUCCUCGGCCGACAGUCGAAUCUAUGGCCAACCGACCGCACGCCUGUGAUCUCUGCCCGAGACGCUUCAAACUCAAGACGGGGCUGACGCAGCACAGGAAAACGCACACAGGAGAGAAACCGUACACCUGUGAAUACUGUAGUCGCAAGUUCCUCUGUCGAACCAACCUCAAGACCCAUCUCUACACACACACCGGCGAGAAACCGUACUCCUGUGAUAUUUGCCAGCGGAAAUUCACAAAUAGCAGUCAACUGAGGCGUCACAUACCGAGGCAUGUGGACUUCCGACCGUUUCAAUGCCAGUUCUGCGAUAAACGGUUUCUGCUGAAAGAUGUGUACCAGAAGCAUGUCUCGCGGCAUACUGCUGUUGAUGAGUUCAGAUGUGACAUAUGCCAAACCAAGUACAAGACGCAGCAGUCCCUGCGGGUGCACUACCGCAGCCACACGGGCGAGAAGCCCUACUGCUGCGACGUGUGCGGCCUCCGCUUCGUGGUCAAGAAGCAGCUGGAGCGACACGCGACGGUCCACACCAACCUCAAACCCUUCGCCUGUCAGGUCUGCCCGGCUACCUUCAAGACGAAGCACUGUUUGAGAGCGCAUGAGAAAAGACACACGGGGGAUGACAGGUUCACCUGCAGCGUCUGCCAGCGUCGCUUCUCCCAGAACUGCGACCUCCGUAACCACAUGCGUACACACAUCGGCGAUAGGCCCUUCGCCUGCGACUACUGCCCUAGCAAGUUCUACCAGCGGAGCACCCUCAACGCACACAUCAGGACGCAUACGGGGGAGAAGCCCUACACCUGCGAUGUAUGCCAGCGAAAGUUCACCCAAAACAGCAGCCUCACGAGGCAUAGAAGAACGCAUAACAGCAAGAGCACUUACAUGUGAAAAUGUGGAAGUUGAUAAUGAUCUUAAGUAGAGUGAUAUCAUGUUAAAUACGCAGCGGAGAUGCUGGCGUGAAAACCAAAUUGAAAAUGUUUCUAGGCAGAGUAUUAUGUGUAAUAUGCGCCAUAUAAACGAUUUGAAAAUUUUUUUUUGGUGGAAUUACAAAAUGAAAAUCCAAUUUUCUAAUGAUUCUAGGUAGAGUGGGGUGGAAUGCUGUAUAUCGAUAAUGGUUCUAGUUGUGAUGUUGGAGAUGCUAGAAUGAAAAUCAAUUUGAUAAUGGUACCAGUACCCAUAGUUUUUCGGCCUUUUGGCUAAGAUCAAAAUGUAGUAAGUUCUACCAGCGUAGCACCCUCAACGCCCACAUCAGGACGCAUAGUGCAUACUGUAGUGUGAGUCCUGAUGUGGCUAGAAGCCCUACACCUACGAUGUAUGCCAACGAAAGUUCAUUCAGAAUAGCAGCCUCUCGAGGUAUACAAGAAGGCCACAGCAGUCGCAAGAGUGCAUAUACAUUAUGUGACAAGGACAACCAUAAUUUGACAAUGGUUUUAGGUACAGUGAUAUGUGAAUAUCCUGGCUGUCAUGCCAGUUUGAUAACCAAAUUUGGUAAAGUGAUAUAUUCUGAUUUGUGGUGGUGAUGAUAACCAUUUUCUUAUGGAACUUUGCUGUCAUCAUUUAAAAAAAGGACAGUGUAUGGAAAACGUGGGAGAGCCAUGCUUCGGCACGAAUG